AUGAUUCUCAAGUAAAAAAACCUUAUGUAAGUCUUGUAUGGGUUUCAAAUGUUCCUGCCUUGUUAACUUUAACAAUGCUUUAUUUUUCUACAGUUCUGACCUUUGUGAUGAGACAACCACAUCCACCUUCCUUGAUUAUUACACAGCCUAUCUAAGAAUGGCUGCUUCAGACAUUUGUCUGCUGCAGAGGCAAAUUCCGAUGGCUCUGUCCUUGCUCCUCGCCCUGGUCUAUCUCACCACCAUCAGGCCGGCUGCUGUUGCCAAGGAACUGCAUAGGACAUGUGAAGAAAUACAGGAAUUGCAAGGAGUUCAAGAUGCAAGUGCAGUUGCGGGGAGAGUUUUUUCUUAUCCCAUAUCACCAUUUGCUUUCCAAGGGAAAAUAACUCACUACAAGGUAAUGUAGCAUUGCUGGCAAUAAUUCUGUCUGGUACCAGUCACAGUAUUGAAAUGGUUUUGUUCAGUUGUAAAAUAUGCUGCAGGAAAACAGCAGGGCAUGGAUGCCCUUUAAAGAGGGAAACGGGAGUUAUUUCCCCCUGUAUGUGUAUACCACAGGAACACCUAUAUUUUUGGUCAACCUGUUGGUUAUGCACAGUGAAUUAGUAUUGUUCUAAUUAAUUCAAUGGUUGUUUUGUGUCAAUAACACCAAUGUAGUUUUUAUGAGGUAUAAAUACAAAAUUAUAACUGCUUCUAAAAUAUGCAGCUUUUUAGCAAUUAUCAGCAUGAUUCUUAUCUCACGAAUGCAUACUUGGAAAUAAAGCCCACAGUGUUCACUGAGGCUCGCUUCCUUAUAAGUAUCUUAAUUAUAUCUAAGAGUGUUCCUUUACAUCUUGCUGAGAAACUUCCACUCCCGUGUGUAAAAUCUGAAAUGGCAGCCCUGCAACACAGGUUGCUUCAGGUUAGUUGUCUAAACAACCACAUUUUAAGGUGGAACUAGAUGUGGUAACUCUGACUUCUGAUGAGGAAGCACCUGACUUCUGCUGGUGCUUUUUUUAAGCAAAACUGGUAGAGUUUGAAAACUGUAAAAUGGUGGGGGAAGCAUUUGAAAUCAACUCAUAUUCUUCCCUUUAUGACUAUUUGAUGGUCUGCUCACAAUACAUCUAGUUUGGCCGUGAACAACUCUAGUUGUUCAGAGUAUUAUGGGGACUGGGCAAUCUUCCUUUGUUCUAGAAAUUGCUUGUUAUUGACCAGAAUGACUGGUAGGUGUUUUCUGAAUGGGAGCUAAUGAGUAGGAAAUAGCUGGCUGUGAAAGACCAGUAUUAGUUGUCCUGCUGUAGUGUGAAAAUCAGGAUUCGCCCAUCACCAUCCACUUGUUCAGACAGUCAUCUGCAGGUCCAUACACCAGGAAAAUUAAGAGAGUACCCAAUAUAUAUUUUUUACAUCUUACGAAUCUGAAACAAACAUCCCUGUUGCAUCUAAUAUGAUGACUGUGGAAACAAUAUAUUUUUUAUUAUUCAUUAUUUUGAUUAUACUACAUUCCAUCUCCUGUGCCCACAUCUUUUUUAUAAUUAAACAGGUUACUCUGGCUAGUGGUUCAGCUUUACCAAUGUGGUUGGAAUAUAACCCUAACACAAAUACUCUUCAAGGACUGCCAAUGAUGGAGGAGAGUGGAGAAUACCAUCUAACUAUAGUUGCAUAUGGAGAGUCUUGUGGCUGGAAAACACCAACAGCUGGUGCAAACUUUGCAAUUCAUGUUCACAACGAUGCUCUUGUCCAUGAAAAGGAAGUGGUCACAGACCAACAGCAUAACAGGUAAGUUGCAGUGAUUUCCAAAAAGGAAUGUAUUUGAUUAAAUUGAUCAUUAUUUCAUUUAUUCUGAACUAUGUGCAAACAUAUGUGUGUGUAACAUAUUCAGAACAAAGUUGGAAAAAGACACAGGUUGGAUUCAAGGUUCCAUCAGCAAAACAAGGCCCUCUUAGGUCUCAGCUCCUCCUUCUCCCUGCAGCCCCCUAUACCUGCCAUCUGCUCUGGAGGGUUGGGAGACCCUCUGAAAGAGUGAGAAGCAGCACAGAUGACUGCAGAAAACCAGGGGGGAAAUAAAUCCCCUCCCUUCACUUCUGUUCAGAGAACCUCUGCUAGAUCCAAGCCCUUUCCUCAAACAGAAAGACACAUUUCAUAUAGUUAUUAAAUAAUAUUAGAGAUAAAAUAAGUACCCUUGGCAUCCCUUAGAAUAACUGCCAGGGGGUGAAAAGCACUCUGCCAGCUGACUAGGAGUGCCUUUUCCAGCUUGGGUUGUUUGUGGACCAGGAUAACUUGACCACAGUAGUCCAGGCACUGGUAACUUCAAGUUUAGAUUACUGAAAUGCAGUAAUUACUGCAAUGGAGCUUCUCUUGCAAUUGGUUCAGAAACUGCAGUUAGUGCAGAGUGCUGCUACACGACUGCUGCAGGAAUAAGACAAGAGCAUAUUUACACCUCUGCACAGAGGUCUACACUGGCUGCUGAUCUGUUCCCAGCCCAAGUUCCGGGGUUUUCUAUUGGUCCCUAAAGCCCUUAACAGCUUGGGGACAGUUUGCUUGAAUGAUUCCCUUGCCCUUUAUGUACCUACUCAACCACUUUGAUCUACAGAGCUUGCAUUAUUACAAGUGCCGUAUAAUAAUCAUUCCACAGUGUUGUAAGGAGUCAGUUUUUCAGUAUGACAGCACCUAUGCCUAAUAACUCCCUGCCUAUUAACAUUAGGCAGGGACCCUCACUAUAUUAAUUUAGACACCCACUACAAACUUUAUUUCAACAAGCCUAUUCAGAUAGAUAAUCUACCAUUCAAUUUUACAUAUCGCUGACUUGAUCUGCCUAUUUUGCUUUACGUAUACUGUACUGUUCAGAGAUUUAUUAUUAUGCUAUUUAUAUGUUUUUUUCUAAAUAAGUAAGAUAACCCUUUUUAAUGCCAAAUUAUUUUAAUAGCACAUGUUUUGGGGCUUUCAGUAUCUGUUCUGCAGCUCUGUGUGAAAGGGGAAUGUCGGUCACCUUUGCUGAGAUUAUAAUUCAUACAGAAAAUUAUUUAGAAAUUCAAAAGCGACUAGAUCUAGUUUGCACCAUGGCAGACUAUCUCCAUUUGCAUCCCUCUUCAUUGACAUUUGCUUCAUUUGAAAGCCCAUUUAAUAAACACUAUUGGAAUCUAACCAUAUUAGCUGAAGACAUUCAAUACCUCAACACUAUGAAAAAGCAUUGUGUUGGAAUCCACUGGCCAGUUGGGUUUGGAGUGUUCACUAUGCUUUAUGAAUUAGUACAAAUUCUACAACACAAUGUGGUGUCAAACCAUCUCUCACAGCUGCUGGGGUAUGAAAUUGCUGGCUGGAGAAUACUUAAAAAAGAAGGCAAUAGAAAAAAUCAUUUAGGAAAGCGGCAGAGGAGGCAAUUAAUGGCCACCCCUGGACUCGUACUGAGACCAACCAAAAUAGAGUCUUUAACAAUUUUGUCAACUACUAUGGUAUACACACAGUCUGCUAUAAUACCUAGUGAAAGUUCAUCACUUUUGUAUGAAGCUGUAAAAGAAGUUAUCCCCACUUACAUGGAUGCCUUGGGGUCCAUGGACAUUCAAAUGUUACUGAAUGGUCAGAUUAGAACACAAGUAUCUGGCUUUUUCCAGUCGCUUUCUUCUGAACUUUCACCUUCUCUGAUAUCACCAUCAACAGAAUUUGAGGGUAAAGUGGCUUCCAGAACACCAACAAUAUUGGAGGAACUGCAGUCUCAAGUGCCACAACAAAAUGUGUAUUCUGUGCCUAAAAAAUCCAAGCCAAAGCACAAUUCCACACUCUAUUUUUUAGAUUUUUCUGUGCCAAUGAGCAAAACCCAGAUCUCAAUACCUGCUCACAACAUGGAAACUUCAGUUUCACCAGACGUAACUGCUUCUAGAACAGCAUCUCUAGCAUACUCAGAGGAAUUAACAAGAAGCCUCGAUUAUACAGGCCCAUAUGCACAGCUAACAGCAUCUGAAUUACUAUCUAAAGACACCAUAUAUGUUGCAAAUCUUCCUUUACCAUCCAUAUCAAUACUGAUGAAUUUAAGAGCAUCAUCUAGAGUCCUAUUUUCCAGUGUUGUAGUUUCUUUGCUCUCAUCAGAUGGUAGCUACAAGAUUCAAGACCUACUCAGCAACUACAAACAUGUCUCAGAGUCAUUUAUGUCUUUACCACGAACUACAACACUGAUUGAUGUGCCCAGCAGGAAUAUAGGCUUCAGUUUGAUUGGUAUUACAUCACUAGGCAUAAGUGGUGCUUCCGUCCACAAAUUUAGACUGCCGGUCAACACAAGUCCGUCUCAGUUCUAUUACAGUAACAAUGCUUCAGCUUUGGCAAUGCAUAGCAGUCAGCAAUUCAGGAUAUCUCCAUUUGUCCAUUCACUAGAAUUUGGAUUUCUAUCAAGAACAAGCAACACUCCAGCAAUGGCUCCCUCUUUAUCAUUAUCAACACCAGCAGAAUUCCCUGUAUCAUUUGGACAUAGUAAUAUGAUACCAAUGGGGGAAAAUUUGUCUGAAAGGACACAGGUUAGCCAACAGGUAAUUAAAAUAUACACACUUGCAUCAGAGUCUUUUAUGACUGUUCAAGAGACAGACAAACUUUUAAUUUCAGAAACCAAACUAUUAGCUCCUACCACAUCCCAGAUGGACACUCUCCUGUGGGAAACACAACAUUUAAUUUAUGAUGCAUCAUCCAGUGCUUCAGUUUCAAGCAGCAGAUUCCAUGAAGGUGAUCCAUCUUAUAAAAUGAGCCAAUCAUCAGAGUGUUAUUCUUAUGAUGCUUUGCUGCCUACCUGGUCUACAGAAUUUGCUGGCACCCCCAAGUUAUCUUUUUCUACAGAUGAAAUUGGCUCUUAUGACAGCAAUGCUGUUAGAACUCACAAGCCAUGCUUUGAUGUUUUACAACUAGACACAAGUGAUCUAAGCUUGGAUAGCUCAUUUGGAACCAAAAUUAACUUGCAAAUUACCAGGGACUUAACUUUAGAACUGUUGGAAAAGUCAACUAUUACUUCCAAUAAAGAUAUGUCCAAACAAACUGGAUUCUAUGUCACUACUUUAUACCAAGGUAAGCUAUUAAUAUUGGUGCGUCAAAUUUUGAUCCAAUGUGAGUAACUCACACCAGGUUUCAUUAGUAUUGCUACUACUGCUACAACCUCAAUUUAUGUAUAUACCUCCUUUUGACCAAAAGCCCUCCCCCCCCAUGACUAGCAUAAUAAAAGAACAAAAUGUACAGUAUAGUUUAAUAAGUAAGCAAAAGACAAUAAGCAAGCAAAAUAAUAUGACAGCCAAAUCACCAUAUAGAAGGGCGGUAAGAAGGAAGCGUUCCCAAGCUAAAGGGUUAAAAGGUACUUAGCUAAAAGGUACAUUCUAGACUUAAAACUCUAGCAAUGGGAAAUAUUCAGAAGUGUGCCCUAGUUCAAAGAAUUAAGGGGCACUCACAACAACUCCCAUUCUAACUAAUUUUCAGGGGUUUGGCCCAAGUAAUUAACAGUUAUCCAAUAACAUUUUAAACAAACAAAAAUAAAAUAGGAAUACUAGCAAUAUUAACAGUUGCCACAAAAAGGAGUAAGAGACCCACACCCCACCCCAUGCUUUUUAGGUGAGUAAAGUCUCCCAAUAGCCUAGGAUAAAUAGGGUGCAACUCUUGCCUUUGGGCCAACACAAGGUGAGGCCUCUCUCUCACACAGCGGCUGAUUAGUCUCCAUGUGUGGUACAAAUGGGACCAUUCCUCCUCAGCUGCUACACCUCAGGCCUUUCAGGGGGAAUAGCUGUCAAGAUGACACAUAACACAUAGGUUUACACAGAGAUGCUAGGAGUUUCCAUGAGUCACGACUAUUUUUGACACUGAAGCUAUUUUUUACCAGUUUAAUGUGAUUUUUAAUUAUGUUUAAAUUGUUUUCAUGGUUUUAUUAAGUGUGUGCUUAAUGCCCUGGCAUACAAACAAGAUGAGGAGCAGUAAAUACACAUCCAUUCUCACGUCACCUCAGAUGUUAACAAGUCACUCCCCAUCAUCUGUUGUAUACUUUCAAAUUAUUUUACCCAUUUCAUGGCUGAUUUGAACUUGUGGCAGCAUUACUGUAAUAAAACCAAUUACCUUGAGUAAGCAAAAGCUUUCUUCUCUCAGUUCAAGUGAAAUGCUUAGUUAUGUUUGUUUCACAUUUCUGUCAACUGUCUGUUGUCAGUUUACAAUUCAGUCAUACACUGAAUUAACAGGGCAGCAUUUUUUUCAUAUAUUCCACAUGUAUUCCCCCCCAGCCCCCCCCCCUUCUCCAUAAUUUGAAUUUUUUGGUAGGGGCUAGAACGAUGAUAUUGUACAACAGUGUAAAGGGUGCAAUGUGUGUUGAGCAGUGAGAAGCGGUUUGGAAACAAAAGGAAGCAUGGAAGAUUGUCACAAAACUCCUAUAAUUGUUAUAUGUUUUGUGAGUCUUUGGGCUUUAGUGGCCCUUAAACACCGAACAAUCAUCCAGCCCCCCCUCAAGCACAGCACCCAGGUGUCUGUCCCGUGAUAGGUAUAGGGAUCCUAGUGAGAAGACUUCCUUCAAGGGAGAGCAAGGCUGCAUACACGCCUAUGUUUUAAAACACAUGCCCCCCCCAAGAAUCCUGGGAACUGUAGUUUACCCCUCACAGAGCUACAAUUCCCAGAAUCCUUAAGAAAUUAGCUCCCAGGUUUCUUUGAGAGGACAUCAUAUACUUCGAACAUCACCUACUUUGCCUCUGUCUUCACUCAAAAGGAAAGCGAUGCCCAACCUGGUGAUAACAGAAUAGAUGAGGAGCUGUGGCCCCUAGCUACUUUAAGUGAAUUCAAAUCUCCAGGGCUGCAUCCAAGGGUACUAAAGGAGUUGUGGAUGUAACCUCAGUGCCUUUGUCCAUGAUCUUUGAGAAUGUUGGAGAGCAGGUGAGGUCCCUGCAGGUUGGAGACAGGCAAAUGUUGUCACCAUCUUCGAAAAUGUAACUACCGACUGGUGAACUUGACCAGGAAAGGUCCUAGAAUAGAUCAUUCAACAAUCGGUCUGUAAGCAUUUAGAAAAGAAUGCUGUGAUUAUUAAGACCCAGCAUGGGUUUCUCAAAAAUAACUCAUGCCAGACCAAUCUGAUUUCUUUUUUUGAUGGAAUUACAAACUUGGUGGAUAUGGGGAAUGCCGUGACUUCAGUAAGGCUUUUGGCAAUGUCCUCCACAAUAUUCUCAUGAGGAAGCUGGUAAAAUGUGGGUUGAAGUAUUAGGUGGAUUUGUAGCUGGUUGACUGACCGAACACAAAAAGUAUUCAUUAAUGGUUCCUCAUCAUCCUGGGAAAAAGUUACAAGGGGGUGCCACAGGGUUCUGUCCUGGGCCCAUUGUUCAACAUAUUUACUUGGAUGAAGAAAUUGAGGUGAUGCUAAUCAAAUUUGCAGAUGACAGAAACUGGGAAGGGUAGCUAAUGCAGCAAAAGACAGAAUCAAAAUUCAAAAUGACCUUAACAGACUGGAGAAUUGGGCACAAGCUAACAAUAGGGACAAAUGUCAGGUUCUGCACUUAGGCAGGAAGAACCAGAUGAACAAAUAUAGGGUGGGGGACACCUGGCUUACUAGCAGUACAUGUAAAAAGGAUCUAGGGACCUUGGUGGACCACAAACUUAACAUGAGUCAACAGUGUGAUGCAGCAGCAAAAAAAAGUGAAUGCUAUUCUAGGCUGCAUCAACAAAAGUACAGUGUCCACAUCAGGGGAAGUCAUAGUACCACUCUAUUCUGCUUUGGUCAGACCACACCUGGAAUAUUGUGUCCAGUUCUGAGUAUCUCAGUUUAAGAAGGAUGUUGAGAAGCUGGAACGUGUGCAGAGGGGGGCAACUAGUAUAAUCAAGGGUCCAGAAGCCAAGCAUUGAGGAGCUGGGUGUGUUUAGCCUGGAAAAGAGGAGACUGAGGGGAGAUAAGAUAGCCACCUUCAAAUAUCUAAAGGACUGUCACAUGGAAGAAGCUUGUUUUCUCCUGCUCUGGAGCGUAGGACUUGAACCAAUGGCUUCAAGUUACAAGAAAGGAGAUUCUAACUAAAAAUCAGGAAGAACUUCCUGACAAUAAGAGCUGUUGAACAGUCUCCCUCGGGAGGUGGUGGACUCUCCUUCCUUGAAGGUUUUAAAGCAGAGGUUGGAUGGCCAUCUGUCAUGGAUGCUUUAGCUGAGAUUCCUGCACUGCAGGGGGUUGGACUGGAUGACCCUUGAGUCCCUUCCAACUCUAAGAUUCUAUAAUUCUAUGGUGUGUAUGCAGCAGAAUUGAACUGGCCAGAAUUACACCUGGGAUGAUCUACCUGAAGCAAGAGGCCAGCUGUCUUAGUGGGGGUGAGACACUAGGGCCUAUCUCAGAAAAAUUCUGUGAGAUAAAUUGACAUAAACAUUUUAUAAAUUCCUCUUGUCAUUUUUUGUCAGACUUCUGAAAACUUGGUUUUUUAUUUCCUCUCUGUUACCUUCACUCCUAUGUAGGUCUAAUAAACACCUCCCCAAGAGUUGUUAA